AUGGGUGAUACUACUACUAAAGAUGAUAACCAUAUAAUAUAUUCACCUUUACAAAAAGAAAUUAUUUCGGGAUUAGUAGCAGGUUGUGUUACAUCAACAAUUGUUCAUCCAUUAGAUUUAAUUAAAUUAAGAUUACAAUUAUUAUCGACUGAUAAAAUUUCAUUAAAUUUAUCAAUUUUAAAAUUUAAUAAAUACAUAUAUGUUCUUAAUGGUAUUAAAUCAAAUAAUAAAUUAAUUAAAAAUUUAUAUAGAGGUUUAACAAUUAAUGUACUUGGUAAUUCAAUUGCUUGGUCAUUAUAUUUUGGAUCAUAUAGAGCCUUUAAGAAUUUAUUACUGAAAAAUAAUAAUAAACAAAAAGAAUCUUUUAAUAAUAAGAUAAAUUUUGAUUCUUCAAUAGUAUAUCUUGUCUCUGGUGGUCUUGCUGGAAUCUUUACUUCAAUUAUGACCAAUCCAAUUUGGGUACUUAAGACAAGAAUUAUGUCAACAAAUCAAAAUACUUUUAAUAAGUCAUAUGAUUCAAUUCAAAAGACUUUUAAAACUUUGGUGGAAAAAGAAGGUUAUAAAUCUUUAUUAAAAGGUUUAACACCUUCAAUUUUAGGUGUAUCACAAGGUGCACUUUAUUUUAUGAUUUAUGAUACUUUGAAACAAAAUAAAUUGAAAACUUAUAACCACUUAAAAAUUAAAAAUAAAGAUAAUUUAAUUACAAAAGAUACUAUUAUUAUUACAUCAAUAAGUAAAAUGAUAUCUACGACAACAGUAUAUCCUUUACAAUUACUGAAAUCAAAUCUUCAAAGUAUUAAUAUGAUUCAUGGAAAUUCAUCAACAUGGAAAUUAACUAAAUUAAUAUUGGAAAGAGAAGGAAUAAAAGGUUUAUAUAACGGCUUAGCAACCAAUUUAUUUAAAGCUGUACCUACAACUUGUAUCACUUUUUGUAUAUAUGAAGCAAUGAAAGGUUAUAUAUAA